AUGCCGGUAUCCUCGAAAAGAGCUCAGCGCGGCCGUCGCGAUCUGCGCCUUGGGAGAGAUGCGAAAGCGAUAAGCUCUACAGAUGCAGAAAUUGAGCCUUCAUCAUCACCAACCCGACCCGCCAAGCGUCGCAAGAAGGUCGUGUCGCCACAGCCUGACAGAACAUCGUCCAACAUCGACAACGAUCCCGACCCGCCCACCGACUAUGACCAAAUUGUGUCCCAGGUCACGCAGCAGCUAAAGGCAGAAGCUGUGCAGGCGAGCAAAGAUCACGCGAAUGCCAUCCACGUGGCCAACGGUGAUGGUGUUAAGGCCUAUGCAAAGGUUGCCGCCCAGGAUUGGACAUUCUACAUUACCAAGCUAGCCGUCAAUAUUGGAAGAGCUCCUGAGGUCGCUCAAGCUGUGGAGGAAGAUGACGAAAACCAAGACCACGUACACAUUGACUUGGGCCCUAGCAAGAUGGUCUCACGAGCCCAUGCUGCCAUUGUCUUCGACUCAAAGGAUGAGAAAUGGAUGCUCCAGGUGAAAGGGCGAAACGGCGCCAAGGUCAACGGCCAACCUUUGAAGCCCCUCGUCAGUCACCCACUGACCAGCGGCGAGGUCAUUGAGAUUGGCAACGUCGAGAUGAUGUUUGUGCUACCGUCAGAGAUUAGCCCGCUCCAUGUUCAUCCUGCAUUCCUCCAAAGGUGCGGUUUGCCGCUCGAAACCACCGGCUCCGACCGCCAAGCAGCAAUCGCACCGGCUCCGACAGACUACAAGCGACCAGGCACACCUCUAUCGACGCGACGAAACGAUCUUAAGUCGCCUGCAGUAAGCACUCCUGCUGUCAUCAUCGGUGCCAGCGGUGUCGAUCUCAGCCUAGAUGAAAACCAGCACAUAAAGCCACAGUAUAGCUAUGCGCAAAUGAUCACUCAGGCGAUUUUAAAUGCGCAGGAUGAAAAGCUCAACUUGAACGGAAUAUAUACUUACAUAAUGGAUACGUAUUCUUACUAUCGCAAUCAGCAAGCAGCAGGCUGGCAGAACUCCAUCAGACACAAUCUAUCGUUAAACAAGUCUUUUGACAAGGUCGCUAGAUCCACGGAUGAACCUGGCAAAGGCAUGAAAUGGCAGAUUGUUCCCGAAGCCCGAGAAGAGAUGGUCCGCAAUGCGACCAAGGGAUAUGGCUGGAAGGGAUACGCCGACUGGGAGGAAGCGUCGAGCCUCACCUCUUACCUCCCCAGUCCCGCGAUCCUCUCUGCGCAUGUCUCAGUCAACGCCGAACCGUGCCGAUCGCCCAGGGCUGAACGCGACAUUGACUGCGGAUGGAAGCCCAUUGCCAAGGCAGCGAAAGACGAUGGAUGCAGAGUCAUCGUUCGCGGGUUAUCAACCGCAAUCACCGACUUUGACGUCAUCGUAUCAGGACGACAACUCGGCAUUUGUUACACCUGCGCCGCCACGUAUACACCCCAGGCUUGCACCUCCAAGCACCGCGCAACGACCAAGUCAGCACAUGCCAACCAGCUCGCCAGCACCGUUCUGGAGGUAUGCCGAUAUAGGGAGCACGCCGCUCAAGCCGAUGGCCCCCUACGAGAGUCCUUCCAAGACAAGAGGGACUAUGCCGCCUCAGAGCAGCAGUCCGCCUCCUAUGGGCAAAUCACCUCCCAGCAGCCCAACGCGGCCUCAACUGCCAGCACAACAGGUCGUGGAGGAGCCUAA